CAGGCCUGAACCCCAAAACUUACUCAGGGCCCAUGUGCAUAGUACAGUAGGUCGCGGGCCUUUGCCAUGCCUGCAGCCUCCCUGCAUGGCGAGCACGCGUCCUGGGCACGGCGGCGUGAUGGGAUUUUCGAGGAUUUGAGGCUCUGCUUCCCCACACUCUCCUCUGCUUUUGAGAACCUUUUUGGAGAGCUGUUCCUUGAGUUCGGCUCGGUUCUCAACCGUCUCUCCGGUUCCCUUCGCUGUUGUCCAGCUCACGAUGGUGGAGAAUCGAGGGCCGCAAUUACAGGCGGUAUGCGCGACGUUCGUUUCCAUGGCCUUCGUGGCUACCGUACUCCGUAUUUACGUCCGACUCCGCAUCGUGAGGAAUUUUGGUUGGGAUGAUGCUUGGAUGGUAUCCGCUAUACUUACCCAUAUCAUGUUCGCGACAUGUUCAAUAUCCGGCGUACACUAUGGCACCGGACGCCACAUGAAAGACCUCACCGAAGAAGGCAUCUACAAAGCCCUCCGAUACUGGUGGCUCUGCUACGUUGCCUACUGUCUCACCAUGAUCGCGGCCAAAAUCUCCAUCGGCCUCUUCCUUCUCCGCGUCACUGUUCAAAAAGUCCACCGAUGGAUCAUCCUCAUCGUUAUGGGCCUUACAGUCCUCACCGGCAUCGUAUUCUUCUUCGUCACGCUUCUGCAAUGCAAGCCUGUGUCCUACUUCUGGGACAAGUCCAUCGUCGGAGGCUCGUGUGUCAACGUCUAUGUCAUCAUUGGCUUGACGUACUUGUACAGUGUGAUAUCGGGUGUAUGCGACUUCACAUUUGGAAUCUUGCCAGUGUUUUUGGUGUGGAAUCUGAAUAUGUCGAAGCGGAGCAAGAUUAUGCUGGUUCCCAUCUUGAGUAUGGCUUGCGUUGCGAGCACAGCGGUCAUAGUCCGUAUGGCAUACGUCAUGGACUUCCGAAGCGACGAUUUCCUUUACAAAACUGUCGACAUAGCCAUCUGGUCCGACAUCGAGCAAGGCCUCGCCAUCACCGCCGGAAGUCUGGCCACCCUGCGCCCCCUCUACCGCAUCGUAGCGCAACGGCUAGGCUUGACAGAAUCCGCAACGAACCAGAAGGCCUCCGAAAAGAAUAGCCGAGAAUGGUAUCGUCAAUCAUCCAGCAACAAGCGUAAGCGGAGUGGACCGUUCAGUCUCGUGACGUUGACACGGCCCGACAAAACAGCGCAUGGUCGAGAUUCAGACGAAGAGUAUGGAAUGGGCAAUCUGCAGCCGAUUCAGUUGCGAGAUGAUCUGAUCGAGGAGAAUCCGCAGGAGAAAGGAUACAAUUCCUGGAGAAUCCAGGUCGGUAGCGGAGAUGGGAGUGAAGAAGAACUGAACAAGGACGGGCUGGGUGGCAUCACGCGGCAGACGGAUAUCUCAUGGGAGUCGGCUCAACAUGAAAAAUCGUAACUCAGUCAAAAGA